AUGGGUUCCCAACAACUCAUUGUCAAUGAGUUUCUGGCAUUCGUGCAGAAUGCCAUCGACACAAUGGAUGAAUGGCAAGAUGCUGCUGUUCCAGAGCUGCGGCAAAGCGCAGCAGAUGCCAUCUCGUCGGAGGGAUGGAGGGAUGUUACUGCAUUCUUGAAGAAUACCGAUCCGGACGACGUGCCUACUUUCGUGGCGAAGGAGCUGCACAAGUUGCCUCCGGUCACCUUUGACCACGUCGACGUCACCAGGCUGUUAAAGGACAUCACGUCCUUGAAGUCCAGUUUGGCUGAAGUUCAGUCAAAAUUGGAGGCGUCGGAUAACUCUAUAAGUGGGCUACGUGCCGAAGUUGCGUUGUUACGCAACCCCGCUUCGGUAUGUAGGUCACCGACAGUCUCCUACGUCAACACGCGUCGCGGAGCGCGGAAAGCAUCCGUCGGCAGUAUUGAGUCGGCUCGUAUGUCGCCGGUCAUUGCUGUUGUCAAUGCACCGUGCCCCCCUGCCCGCCCCUCCGCCUCGGAGGUUACGUCACCCGUAUGCACGUCAUCGCCCGGGCGUGCAUACGCCGCUGUUGCCGCGACUAUUAGCAGCGGAACCGCGACUUCAAAACCCGAGUUGCGGAAAACUGCAAAGGGCGGUAGUAAACCCCGAAUGCCUGUCUCUGGAAUCGCAGGUGCCAAAUCUCAGAGGCAGACCGACAGGUGCGACGAGGACGGCUUCACAAAGGUGGAGAAGAGAAGAAAGAAACCCACCAGCCGAAAUCUAUGUGGCACAGCUCCAACGGGACAGAACUUCUUGCUUCGUGCGGCCAUACCGACGACGCAGUUGUACCUGUCUCGACUGCAUUACUCCACGAAAAGAUUGAAAUUGGACAAAGGUAGCAGAAAGCCCGAAGCAUCCCAGUGUACCGGACAAAUUCGAUAUUCUAAUGGACUAUUUGGACCACAAGAACAAGAAAACAUGGUAUUCAAUGUUGGAGUUGGAUAA